AUUGUCAAAAACAUAAAUGAAUCUAGAUGAUCAAAUGGAAAGAUGUGAUGUUGAAUAUUGCAAAAGACGAGAUUUCUUGCCGUUUAAGUGUACUUUAUGCAAUAGAAAAUUUUGUUUAGAACAUAAGGAAUUAAAAGAACAUGAAUGUCCAUUUUAAUUUGCAGAAAGAAAAGCUCUUAAAUGUAAUUAGUGCAAUUAAGUUAUAAAUUACCUUUCUACUUAAUUUGAAAUCGAUGCUUUGAAAUAGCAUGUCUGUUAGAAGAUUAAUAUAGAAAAAUCAAAAUGUCCACAAUGUAAAAUCACCUUAAAUGACCUUAAUAAAUUUUAUUGUACUUCUUGUAAAAGGCUCGUAUGUUUAAAACACAGAAUGAAGGAUGAACAUGAAUGUGAUAAAUACGGCAAAUUUAAUUACUGUAAACUUAUGUGA